AUGAACCACGCUGUCCAAACCGUCUUCACUCCCGCCAACACCAGCCACCCCCUCAACUAUGAAAUGCUCAAGGAGAAGCAUGAGGUGGCUGUGCUGAGGGUGCCCCACAACCCUGCUCCCCCGACAUCCACCGUGAUCCACAUCCACAGUGAGACCACUGUGCCCGACCAUGUCGUUUGGUCCCUGUUCAACACCCUCUUCAUGAACUGGUGCUACCUGGGCUUCAUAGCAUUCACCUACUCCGUGAAGUCUAGGGACACGAAGAUGGUUGGUGACCUGACCGGGGCCCAGGCCUACGCCUCCACCACCAAGUGCCUGAACGUUUGCACCCUCAUCCUGGGCAUCCAUGUGACCACAACACUCAUCAUCCUUUUCACCAGUAGUUCUAUGAUAAUAUUCCAAGCAAUUUCUCAAGUGAUAAAGAAUCUCUAA